AAAACCUACUGAAAAAAAUGAAAGAACCUACCUGAAUACGACAAAGAACCCACCGAAAAAAAGCGCCAAAAUUCGACGAAAGAACCUGCUAAAAUCAGUGAAAAAAUCUACAGAGGAACCCAUUGGAAACGCGAAAAAGCACCAAAAUUCGAUAAAAGAACCUGCUGAAAUCAGCGAAAAAAAGUAUCAACUUCUACGGAGAAACCGAUUGAAAACGUGA